AUGGAUGCGGACGACAGAGAGAGUAUGGAAGCAAAUAUGAAAAAUGUACUUGAAAAUCAGCACAACUUGAAAUAUUUGGCUGAGAAGCAAACGUCUGUAGUGGAAGCAACGCUUAAUGUGCUGAAAAAGACCACGGAUGAAAUAAAUGGACAGUUUAAAGAGCUGAAUGAGAAGGUGCAAAACAUAAGUCAGAUGCUGAACACUGACUAUUCCCUCUUCAAAAAGGCGAUGGACUUCUACGCGGUAGCCGAUCAACUUAGCAGCUUGUUUACUGAAGUGGAACAUAUUCAAGCCAGGGUAAUUGGCUUAUUAAUUGACAUCAACCAUGGAAAAGUAAAUCCAAAUUUAGUACGGCCAAACCAGUUGCAGGCAGAGGUGAUGAAAAUAAAGGAUCAGCUACCUAAAGGACUAAGGUUGCCUGGUGAGAAGGACGAUGUUUUGCAGGCAAUAUACAAGGUGAUGACGGCGCAUGGUCUGCUGGUGGAAGAAAAAUUAGUGAUUGACGUGCAGAUUCCCUUGGUAGAAAAAUCAUCAGCAGAAAUAUUCCGCGUCGUACCACUGCCGAUGGUGAGAAACGGAACCGCAAUGGUAGCAGCUUUAAGACAGCAGUUCCUGGCCUACAACUAUGAAAUGGAUGCUUAUCAUCUACUGUCGCAGUCAUCGAUGAACCAAUGUCAGCUAACUGGUGAAGAUGAAUUUCUUUGCAGAGGCAACUGGGCCUGGGAAGACGCCAACGAUCAUUCAUGUGAGCUAGCAGCGCUUAAGCCAACAAGUAAAUAUGGCUGCCAGUUUUUGAAGACUCAGAACAGGAAUUUUUGGAUUGAGCUGAAGACAAGAGGAUCAUGGUUGUUUAAAACUAAAGAUCAAGUUUCGGCCCAUAUUCUAUGUGCUGAGCGCACUAAAGGAGUAUUUGAAUUACCAGGCCUAGGUAUCAUCACUCUCCAGCCUGGGUGUACUGCUAGGAUUGGACGAACCGUAUUAACUGCGUCACAAGAAGCAAAAACUGAGAUGUCCUAUAAUUCCACAUCAUAUAUCUUGAGAGAGGUGAAGGACAUAGCGAUGGUGGACGAGCUAAACUACAAUAAAAUCGAUCAUUCGUCAACGAUUCAAGGAUUGGAGGAAGAAAUUAAAAUGAUGAAGGCUUGGUUUGUUUGCGAGGAGUUUCAUAUGACCAUCAUUGGUGGUGAAAGUGUUUUCAUACGUUUAAAGUUGCUGCCCCUAAUGUUGUUGCUGUUGCCAUUGGCUGCAUAUUGCUGCUGUUGCCCGAGCCGUUGCUGUUAG